AUGAUCACUUCUAACAUUGCAGACAAACUGCAACUUCAAGGAGUUCCAGAGAAAGUUAGCAUAAACAUUGUCACUCAAAGAGACCAAAAUCUUGAAUUAUGCAAGGUCAAAUUCCAGAUCAGCUCAGCGAGCCAAGGAAGUCCCUCCUUCCCAGUGUAUCACGCCUUGACAGUGAAAAGUUUGAAUGUGUCGGACCUCUACUGCCCAAGUCAACUGGAUUUGUCUCCUUGGCCACACCUCAGUGGUCUUCAAUUGCCAAAUACUGCUGUCGAUGUGAAUGAAGGCUCUGCGUUAAUUUGCCAAGACGUACCUCAAGUUCAUAUGGUUCUUGACUGUUGCUGGGGAGACAGUCCACAGAGUCAGCCAUACGGAAUGAAGACCCCCUUUGGAUGGUGCGUUGCCGGGCUAAAGGAGGAUGAAAACAAGCCUGUUGCGCUAUCAGUCUUCGAAUUUGAUUGGGCCGAAGACAAGCGAGACAUGAUACUGCACGAACAAGAUGAAAGGUUCUGGGCUUUAGAAUCACAUGGAUUCAGGAGUGAUGGCUCGUCGAACAGUCUUGAAGACGAAAGAGCCGUUGAAAUCCUAAAGAGAACAACUAAGCUGAAGGAUGGAAGGUAUGAAGUUGGUUUUUUGUGGAGAAAGGUUAACGCUGAGCUGCCUAACAACCGCGUGCAAGCUGAGAAGCGGCUGCAGCAACUUAAACGGCGUUUCCGACGUAGUCCUGAGUUUGCCGCCCAGUACAAGACAGUCAUGAAUGACUAUACAUAGACAAGGGUUAUGCAGUGAAAUUGUCGGACGAAGAAGCGGCUCGUACCAGCAGCCACACAUGAUACCUACCCCACCAUGGAGUGAUCAACCCAAACAAGUCUAAAGUAAGGGUGGUGUAUGAUACAGCUGCGAGAUUUGAAGGGACCGCACUUAAUAAGGAACUGCUACAAGGCCCGCUGCGUAACAACUCAUUAGUAGGAGUAUUGAUGCAGUUUAGAAAGGAUGAAGUAGCAGUAGCUUCUGACAUAGAAAGUAUGUUUCAUAGAGAGGCUUGCAGAGAGGACGACACGGACGCACUCCGAUUCUUGUGGUGGGAUGGUAGUUUAGACGAACCACCUGGUGACUAUAAGAUGACAGUACAUUUGUUCGGGAAGGCAGAUUCGCCAUGCAUUGCUGCUUGGGCAUUACAGCAGACUGCUGCGGACAACGAGACUGCCUUUGAAGAAGAAAUUCGUGAAAUUGUCAAGAAAAAUUUCUAUGUAGAUGAUAGUUUGUUCUCGAAGCCGUCGACAGAACUGCCAGUGCAUUGAUCGUUGGAACUGAUGAGAAUGUUACGCAAAGGGAAUUUUCGCCUGACUAAAUUCAUUUCAAAUGACAAAGAUGUAUUGGCUGCUAUCCCAGCCGAAGAAAGAACAAUCAAGAAUCUUGACCCCGAUAGACUUCCUAUAGAGAGAGCCCUUGAGCAACAAUGGAACAUUGAUAUCGAUACGUUUGGUGUCAAGACAUCGCCGCCAUCAGGUCGAACCGGA